AUGUCAUUGAAUGCUAAAAUCCCUUUUUCAUUCCAGGAUGAGCAGUUCCUAGGUUUUGGCUCAGAUGAAGAAGUCAAAGUACGAAGUCCCACCAAGUCCCCCACGGUUAAGUCUAGUCCACGAAAACCUCGUGGGAGACCCAGGAGCAGUUCUGAUCGAAGUUCGGCUGCUCUCUCAGACUCCUCGUCAGUGUGUUCUCCUCCAAGCAAGUCUGAAACUCUAUCCAUGGAAAAAAUAAAGAAGAAAGAAUUGAAAGGUGGGGAAAAGAGACGAGGCAGGCCUCCAACACUCAGCAGUGUGAAGUUCAAAGUAUCACAAGUGAAGGAUGCAUCAGAUGCUCAGAAGGGGAGCAAAGAAGAAAAAGAGAGCCUGAAGAAAAUAAAAAGGGCACCGUCCACUACAUUUCAGCAAGCUGCAAAAAUCAAGAAAUUAAGAACUGGUAAACUCUCCCCACUGAAAUCUAAAUUUAAGACUGGAGGGAAACUUCAGAUUGGGAGGAAGGGGGUUCAGAUUGUUCGCAGGAGAGGAAGGCCACCAUCUUCUGAACGUUUAAAGACUGCUUCAGCGCUAGUCAUAAAUUCGCAGCUGGAGAAACCCCAAAGGGUACGUAAAGAGAAAGAUGGUACGCCACCACUCACAAAAGAAGAAAAGAGUGCUGUUAGGCAGAGUCCUCGCAGGAUUAAGCCUGUUAGGAUUAUUCCUUCCACAAAGAGGACAGACGCAACAAUAGCUAAGCAGCUCUUGCAGAGAGCAAAGAAAGGGGCACAAAAGAAGAUCGAGAAAGAAGCAGCUAAACUGCAGGGCAGAAAGGGAAGAACCCAGCUCAAAAAUAUCCGUCAGUUUAUCAUGCCAGUCGUGAGCGCUAUUUCUUCGCGGAUCAUAAAGACGCCCAAGCGGUUCAUUGAAGAUGAAGAUUAUGACCCUCCUAUCAAAAUAGCUAGACUAGAGUCCACACCAAACAGUAGGUUUAGUGCUACAUCCUGUGGGUCCAGUGAAAAAUCAAGCGCUGCUUCUCAGCACUCAUCUCAGAUCUCUUCAGAUAGUUCACGAUCAAGUAGCCCUAGUGUCGACACGUCCACAGACUCGCAGGCAUCUGAGGAGAUGCAGACGCCUUCUGAAGAGCGGAGCAAUACUCCAGAAGUUCAUGCCUCUUUGCCUAUUUCUCAGUCCCCAGAAAAUGAUGGCGCCGACAGGAGAAACAGGAGGUUUUCGAUCUCGGAAAGAAGUUUCGGCCAGAGGGCGGCUAAAAAGUUGUCAGCCUUGCCAGGCGUGUCCCAGCAACAGUCCUCCUCCUCUCCUCCCCCGCCUUUGCUCACUCCUCCGCCACCGCUCCAGCCAGCUUCCAGCAUCGCAGACCACACACCCUGGAUCAUGCCUCCAACAAUACCGCUGGCUUCGCCCUUCCUUCCCGCUUCUGCUGCACCCAUGCAAGAAAAACGCAAGUCAAUUUUGCGAGAACCAACGUUCAGGUGGACCUCUCUAAAGCAUUCUAGGCCAGAACCACAGUACUUUUCUUCAGCAAAGUAUGCCAAAGAAGGUCUCAUCCGUAAACCAAUAUUCGAUAAUUUUAGACCCCCGCCACUGACUCCUGAAGAUGUUGGCUUUGCAUCUGGUUUUUCAACACCUGGUGCUGCUGCUCCAGCGCGUUUGUUUUCUCUUCACUCUGGAACCAGAUUCGAUAUGCACAAAAGAAGCCCUCUGUUGCGGGCUCCGAGAUUCACCCCAAGCGAGGCCCACUCCAGAAUCUUUGAGUCCGUGACCUUGCCUUCCUCUGUCGGCCGAACCAGCGCAGGGACCUCUGCAGCAAGUGCGUCUUCUAGGAAACGAAGGAGAAAAGCAUUUAGCCCCAUUGGAUCCGAGCCCAGAUCUCCUUCGCAUUCCAUGAGGACGAGAAGUGGGAGACUUAGUACCACUGACCUGACAAUGCUCACAUCGCAGUCAUCUGUCCCUUCCUCAUUAACUAGCAUGUCUGUUAGUUCUCUUGCCACUAGUGCCUUAAAUUCAACUUUUACUUUUUCUUCCCAUUCCCUGAGUCAGUCUGGGGAAUCAGCAGAGAGAAGCCAGAGACCAAGGAAGCAGACUAGCACUCCAGCAGAGCCUUUCUCAUCCGGUAGUCCUGCUCCUCUCUUUCCCUGGUUCACAUCAAGUCACCAGACAGAGAGAGGGAGAAACAAAGACAGGGCUGCAGAGGAACUGUCCAAAGACAAAGACAUUGACAAAAGCAUGGAGAAGGACAAAAGCCGCGAGAGAGACCGAGAAAGAGAAAAAGAGAAUAAGCGUGAGUCGAGGAAAGAGAAAAGGAAAAAGGGGUCAGACAUUCAGAGCAGCUCUGCUCUGUUCCCUGGAGGCAGAGUGUCCAAAGAAAAGGUUGUCAGUGAAGAUGUUGUAGCAUCAUCUUCUGCAAAAAAAGCUGCAGGGCGGAAAAAGUCUACAGCAAUAGAUCCCAUGGCAGAUGUUCCUGCUGCAGCUCUUGUAGAGACGACAGCCGUCAAAACCAAAAUACCCAAAAGAGGUAGAGGGGUGUUAGAAAAAACAGAUCUGGAGCUUGGUUCUGCUGCUCCAUCUCUGGAGAAGGAGAGAGCUGUACGCCUUUCUGCACCUUCAUCAAGCACUGUUAAACAUUCCGCUUCCUCCAUCAGCUCUAUGUUGGCUCAAGCAGACAAACUUCCAAUGACUGAUAAGAGGGUUGCCAGUCUCCUGAAAAAGGCAAAAGCCCAGCUGUACAAAAUUGAGAAGAGCAAAUCCCUCAAACAGACAGAUCAGCCAAAAGCACAGGGUCAAGAGAGCGAUUCUUCUGAGACUUCAGCGCGAGGACCGCGAAUCAAACAUGUUUGCAGAAGAGCAGCUGUAGCACUAGGCCGAAAGCGAGCAGUAUUUCCCGAUGACAUGCCUACUCUGAGUGCCUUACCGUGGGAAGAACGAGAGAAGAUUCUGUCUUCCAUGGGGAAUGAUGAUAAGUCAUCAAUAGCUGGCUCGGAAGAGGCUGAGCCCCUUGCUCCACCUAUCAAACCAAUUAAGCCGGUUACCAGAAACAAGGCACCCCAGGAGCCUCCAGUGAAGAAAGGUCGGCGCUCAAGGCGGUGUGGACAGUGUUCAGGGUGCCAGGUUCCAGAGGACUGUGGUGUCUGCACGAACUGCUUAGAUAAACCCAAGUUUGGUGGGCGUAACAUAAAGAAACAGUGCUGCAAGAUGAGGAAAUGCCAGAAUCUGCAAUGGAUGCCUUCAAAAGCAUACCUCCAGAAGCAAGCUAAAGCUGUGAAAAAGAAAGAGAAGAAAUCCAAGACAAAUGAAAAGAAAGAGAGCCACUCUGGGAAGAACCAGUUAGACUCCGGGCAGAAACCAGUUCCUCCCACUGUCCUCGCAAGAGAAGAUAAUGCCUUGAAGAAGAACAGUGAACCUGCCCGAAAGCCCAGUGAGGAGAAAAGCGAAGAGGGAGGCUCCUCUGUCCCAGUGUCGGAGUCCAAACAGGUUGCUGCUUCUGGUUCCAGAAAAACUGGCAAACAGGCACCCCAACCAGUGCAGGUUCCCCCUUCUUCUCAGCUGCCUAGCUCAGGGCCACUGAAGAAAGAAGUGCCCAAACCUGUCCCUCCUGAGCCCAAGAAAAAGCAGACUCCACAGCCAGAAUUAGGCACAGAGCAAAACAAACAGAAAAAAAUCACUCCCCGUCCAAGUUUCCCUGUGAAACAGAAACCUAAAGAAAAGGAAAAGCCCCCUCCAGUCAGCAAGCCAGAGAGCAGCACAUUGAAUUUGCUCAGUACUCUGUCCAACGGAAGCAGCUCCAAGCAAAAACCGCUUACAGAUGGAGUCCACAGGAUCAGAGUGGACUUUAAGGAGGACUGUGAAGUUGAGAACGUUUGGGAGAUGGGUGGAUUAGGCAUCUUGACCUCGGUACCUAUCACUCCUAGGGUGGUCUGCUUUCUGUGUGCCAGCAGUGGACAUGUGGAGUUUGUGUAUUGCCAGGUGUGUUGUGAGCCCUUCCACAAGUUCUGUUUAGAAGAGAGCGACCGGCCCCUCGAGGACCAGCUGGAGAACUGGUGCUGUCGUCGGUGCAAGUUCUGUCACGUCUGUGGGAGGCAACACCAGGCGACAAAGCAGUUGCUGGAGUGUAACAAGUGCCGAAACAGCUAUCACCCUGAGUGCCUCGGACCAAACUACCCAACAAAACCCACCAAGAAAAAGAAGGUUUGGAUCUGUACCAAAUGUGUUCGCUGCAAGAGCUGUGGAUCAACAACUCCAGGCAAAGGGUGGGAUGCACAGUGGUCUCAUGACUUCUCACUGUGUCAUGAUUGUGCCAAACUCUUCGCUAAAGGAAACUUCUGUCCACUCUGUGACAAAUGCUAUGACGACGAUGACUAUGAGAGCAAGAUGAUGCAGUGUGGGAAAUGUGAUCGCUGGGUUCACUCCAAAUGUGAAAACCUUUCAGAUGAGAUGUACGAGAUCCUUUCUAACCUGCCUGAGAGCGUGGCAUACACGUGCAUUAACUGCACGGAGCAGCACCCUGCAGAAUGGCGACUGGCAUUGGAAAAGGAACUGCAGGUUUCUCUGAAGCAGGUUCUGACAGCCCUGUUAAAUUCCAGGACCACAAGUCACUUGCUGCGUUACAGACAGGCAGCCAAACCACCUGAUUUAAAUCCUGAGACAGAAGAGAGCAUACCGUCCAGAAGUUCUCCUGAAGGCCCCGACCCUCCUGUCCUAACAGAGGUCAGCAAACAGGAAGAGCAGCAGCCUCUGGACCUAGAAGGAGUAAAAAGAAAAAUGGAUCAAGGGGGUUACACUUCUGUGUUGGAAUUCAGUGAUGAUAUUGUGAAGAUUAUUCAAGCGGCCAUUAAUUCAGAUGGAGGGCAGCCAGAAAUUAAAAAAGCCAACAGCAUGGUCAAGUCCUUCUUUAUUCGGCAAAUGGAGCGUGUUUUUCCAUGGUUCAGUGUAAAAAAGUCCAGGUUUUGGGAGCCAAAUAAAGUAACAAGCAACAGCGGGAUGCUGCCAAAUGCAGUGCUUCCCCCUUCGCUUGACCAUAACUACGCUCAGUGGCAGGAGCGUGAGGAGCACAAUCGCACUGAACAGCCCCCUUUGAUGAAGAAAAUUAUUCCUGCUCCAAAACCCAAAGGGCCUGGAGAACCAGAUUCACCAACUCCUCUGCAUCCUCCUACACCACCUAUCUCUAGCUCUGAUAGAAGCAGGGAGGAUAGUCCUGAACUUAAUCCACCUCCUGAUGUGGAAGACAACCGGCAGUGCGCACUCUGUCUGAAGUAUGGCGAUGAUAGUGCUAAUGAUGCUGGACGUCUCCUCUACAUUGGCCAGAAUGAGUGGACACAUGUGAACUGUGCUCUAUGGUCAGCAGAAGUGUUUGAAGAUGAUGAUGGGUCUCUGAAAAAUGUACACAUGGCGGUGAUCAGGGGAAAACAGUUGAGAUGUGAGUUUUGCCAAAAGUCAGGCGCCACAGUGGGCUGCUGCCUUACUUCCUGCACUAGCAACUAUCACUUCAUGUGCUCCCGAGCCAAAAACUGCGUCUUUCUGGAUGAUAAGAAAGUCUACUGCCAGCGACACCGCGACUUGAUCAAAGGGGAGGUGGUGCCAGAGAAUGGGUUUGAGGUUCUUAGAAGAGUUUUUGUGGAUUUUGAAGGGAUCAGUUUGAGAAGGAAAUUUCUUAGUGGCCUGGAGCCAGAGAACAUCCACAUGAUGAUUGGUUCAAUGACGAUAGACUGUUUGGGAAUUCUGAACGAUCUCUCAGACUGCGAAGACAAGUUGUUUCCCAUUGGCUAUCAGUGUUCUAGGGUGUACUGGAGCACAACGGAUGCUCGGAAACGCUGUGUGUAUACGUGCAAGAUAGUGGAAUGUCGCCCUCCUGUCGUAGAGCCAGAUAUCAAUAGCACUGUAGAGCAUGAUGAGAACAGGACAAUUGCUCACAGUCCAGCACCACUAACAGUGGAAACUCCACCCAAAGAGAAUCGAAAUACACCAGAAAUUGUAAACCCUCCGUCGCCAGAUCGCCCCCAGCAUUCUCAGACCUCCAGUUCCUGUUACUAUCCUAUGAUAUCGAAGGGUGGCAGGAUCAGGACUCCAAGCUAUCCCUCAACGCAGCGGUCUCCUGGGUCUAGGCCUUUGCCCUCUGCAGGGAGUCCUACACCAAUGACCCAUGAGAUUGUAACAGUGGGGGAUCCUUUACUGUCCUCUGGACUUAGAAGCAUUGGCUCUAGGAGGCACAGUACUUCCUCUUUGUCACAGCAGCAGUCCAAACUCCGAAUGAUUUCCCCCACCAGAGCUGGGAAUACUUACUCCAGACACAGUGUGUCUUCGGUAUCUAGCAUUGGGUCCUCCUCUGAGCGUGAACUGCAUGCAAAAAAUACAGACCACUUCACAGGGUCAGUGAAUUCAAGUACUCCAAGUACUCUAGUUCAAAGUAGUCCUGCUACUUCUAGCUCCCAGAGAAUAGUACCUACAAGUGGAAGUAAAACUUGUCACUUGGAUGGAUCUCAGUCUUCAGAAAUAAAACACACCAGUGGCUCAGACUUGAUGCCUAAAACUGUGUCUUCAAAAGGAGAGAAGACAAAAAUUUUGAGCUCAAAGGACUCUGAUUCUUCAGCUCAUAGUUCUGCUUCUGCAGGAAAUGCUAAGAUGUCCACUCCAGCACACAGCUCCUCAGGCAUAGAGUUAAACAUUAAUAAAGCAGGAACUUUUCAAGAGCCUUCUUCAGGAACAUUUUCUGCCAAAGAGACCAUGUCCUUUCCAUCUUUACAUCAGAGAGGCCAAAGGAAAGAGCGAGAUCCGCAUACAGAACCUGUGCAACUAGAGAAAACUCUGUCAGUCGAAGACACCGAUGCAAAGAGCGUGAAGGUGGCGGGAGCGAAUAGCAGAUCUUCUGCAGCAAGUGAGCAGGUAGCUUCAGCCUGCAGAGAGAAACGACAGAAAGGGAAAAAAUUGAUGAAAGACGCUUUCAAAGAGAAACAUUCCGUUAAAUCUUUUCCAGACUCGAGUCAAGCAACAGCCAGUGAUGAAGGAAGCCUAAAACCAGACUUCAACCAGGCUUUGGCAAAUGAACAAAUUAGUCAGAGGUUGUGUAAUAACGUUUCAGCUGACAAAACUGGGGAGACUGCACCUGCACAAGGCAACUCUAAAGCUCCUCUGGUGCAGGUUGAAGUGGCCUCAAAGGACAGUCAGGCUCCUAGAAAACGCACGGUUAAAGUCACCCUCACUCCUCUCAAGAUGGAAAGUGAAAGCCAAUCUAAAAAUGCACGAAAAGAAAGCGAUUCUGAAUCUCAGUCUAAGGGCACAGAACCAGCUGCUUUGGCAGAGCAGUCUUCAGCGUCGGAAACCCCAGGAGACAGCCCUGCGGUUCAGGCAAGUCCCAGCGAUGCCCCGGCACAGGAAUCUCAAAAUAAUUCUUACGAGACUUUGCCUGUCCAGGAUAGAAACCUGAUUCUUCAGGAUGGAACAAAAGCUCAAGAAGACGGCUCCUAUAAGCGGAGGUAUCCUCGAAGGAGCGCUCGGGCCAGGUCUAACAUGUUCUUUGGACUGACCCCUUUGUAUGGUGUGAGAUCUUAUGGAGAGGAAGACAUUCCUUUCUACAGCAACUCGACUGGGAAGAAGCGGGGAAAGAGGUCUGCAGAAGGACAGGUAGAUGGGGCAGACGACCUGAGUACUUCAGAUGAGGAUGACUUGUACUAUUACAAUUUUACUAGGACAGUGGUUUCCUCCAGUGCAGAAGAGAGGCUUGGAUCCCAUAAUUUAUUCAGAGAGGAGGAGCAGUGUGAUCUUCCAAAAAUCUCCCAGCUAGAUGGUGUGGAUGAUGGAACAGAAAGUGAUACGAGUGUUGCAGCAACAACAAGAAAAGUAAAUCAGGUGACUAAAAGAAAUGGGAAAGAAAAUGGAACGGAAAACUUAAAGCUUGAUCGAACAGAAGAAACUGGAGAGAAAGUACAAGUCACCAAGAGCUCUGCUGGCCACAAAACGGAUCCAAAGAUAGAUAAUUGCCACCCUGUAAGCAGAGUUAAAGCGCAGGGCCAGGAUUCCCUGGAAGCUCAGCUGAGCUCCUUGGAUACAGGCCGCAGAGCUCAUGCUAGCACGCCCUCCGAUAAGAAUUUACUGGAUACUUUUAACACAGAACUGCUGAAGUCAGACUCCGACAACAACAACAGCGAUGACUGCGGAAACAUUCUCCCUUCAGACAUCAUGGACUUUGUGUUAAAGAAUACACCGUCUAUGCAGGCUUUAGGAGAAAGUCCAGAGUCGUCUUCAUCUGAACUUCUAACGCUGGGGGAAGGGCUAGGUCUCGAUAGCAAUCGUGGCAAGGACAUGGGCUUGUUCGAAGUCUUUUCUCAACAGUUGCCGACUGCUGAACCAGUGGAUAGUAGCGUUUCUUCUUCUAUAUCAGCAGAGGAACAGUUUGAGUUGCCUUUAGAACUUCCUUCUGAUCUCUCUGUUCUCACUACUCGCAGUCCUACUGUGCCCAGUCAAAAUCACAAUAGGCUCGCUGUAAUUUCAGAGCCUUCGCUCUCGUCUUCGGGGGAGAGGUCUAUCCUCGCUUUGCCUUCCGCGGAGUCUGGGGAAAAGAGAGUUACGGUCACAGAAAAAUCUGCCUCCAGUGAAGGAGAUGCAGCUCUGUUAAGCCCAGGAGUAGACCCAAGCCCUGAAGGACACAUGACUCCUGAUCAUUUUAUCCAGGGUCACAUAGAUGCAGAGCAUAUUGCCAGCCCUCCCUGUGGCCCAGUGGAACAAGGACACGGCAGCAACCAGGACUUAACCAGGAACAGCGGGACCCCUGGUAUUCAGGUGCCAGUGUCUCCUACUGUUCCUCUGCCAAAUCAGAAGUAUGUUCCCAAUUCCACUGACAGUCCUGGUCCAUCACAGAUUUCCAAUGCUGCAGUACAGACCACCCCACCCCACUUAAAACCAGCCACUGAAAAGCUUCUUGUAGUCAAUCAGAAUAUGCAGCCGCUGUAUGUCCUCCAGACUCUUCCCAAUGGUGUUACACAAAAAAUACAACUGACACCUUCUGUCAGCUCUGCACAGAGCGUGAUGGAGACCAGUGCGUCAGUGCUGGGGCCCAUGGGAAGUGGGCUUACUUUGACUACGGGAUUAAAUCCCAGUCUACCGUCAUCUCAGUCUCUCUUUCCACCCACUAGCAAAGGGCUGCUGCCUAUGUCUCAUCACCAGCAUUUACAUCCGUUCCCCACUGCCACUCAGAGCAGUUUCCCCCCAAAUAUUGGCAAUCCUACAUCAAGUCUCCUUAUUGGUGUACAGCCACCCCCUGAUCCGCAGCUUUUAGUGUCUGAAGCAAACCAGAGGACAGAUCUUGGCACGGCAGCUUCUACGCCAGCUUCUGGCCUUAGUAAGAAAAGGCCAAUAUCCCGUCUGCAGUCACGGAAGAACAAAAAGCUGGCUCCCUCUGGAACCACAUCUGCCAUAGCCUCUUCUGAUAUGGUCUCCAACAUGACUUUGAUUAAUUUUGCUCCCUCCCAACUGUCCAACCACCCGUUAGAUUUGGGAACCCUUGGAAAUUCAACAUCCCAUAGAACUGUUCCUAACAUAAUCAAAAGAUCUAAAUCUGGAGUCAUGUAUUUUGAGCAAACAUCUUUGCUGCCACAGAGCGUAGGAGCAGCCACUGCUGCUGCAGCAGUUGGCACUUCUCCCAGUGUUAUUGGACCAGAUACCAGCCACCUCGCAGCAGGGCCAGUGUCAGGACUGGCAUCAAGUUCAUCAGUACUGAAUGUAGUGUCCAUGCAGGCCACAGCAGCUCCCGCCAGCGGUGGGUCAGUACCUGGCCACGUUCUGGGACAAGGUUCGGUAACAUUAACGAGCCCUGGGUUGCUGGGAGACCUUGGGUCAAUAAGCAAUCUCUUGAUCAAAGCCAGUCAGCAAAGCCUUGGUCUUCAGGAGCAGCACAUGGCUUUGCCACCAGGCUCUGGGAUGUUUUCACAACUGGGGACAUCACAAACUCCAUCCACAGCAGCAAUGACAGCUGCAUCAAGCAUAUGUGUGCUGCCUUCAGCACAGACUUUGGGCAUGACAGUUGCUCCAUCAUCCACAGACCCAGAAGGCUCUUAUCAGCUUCAGCAUAUGACACAGCUUUUAGCUAGCAAAACUGGGAUUGCCUCCUCCCAGCUGGACCUCAGCUCUGCGUCUGCAACUCAGUUGUCGAGCUUUCCGCAGCUGGUGGACAUGCCUAACAGCACAGGACUUGAGCAAAACCAGGUUUCCACAUCUGUGAUGCAUGCCAGUUCAGCGUCUCCGGGAGGCUCCCCAUCAUCUGGCCAGCAGUCUGCGAGUAGCUCAGUGCUUGGCCUCACAAAAACAAAGCCAAAAAUCAAGCGAAUUCAACCAUCCUUAGACAAAGGAAAUGGAAAGAAGCACAAAACUUCUCACAUGUGGACCAGUUCCUCUGAAGUACACAUUCCAGACAGAGGGACCAAUGACAUAUCACAGGUCUCAGCUACAGGGGCUCCUGCAGCGAAAACAGACAUGCAGGAUUCAGCAAGCGUAGAUCAGCCGCCGCAAAAACAGUGCGGGCAGCCGACAGGGCAAAUGGCAGUCCUUCCGGAAUCGCAGUCUGUGCAGAAUACAGCAAAUGAACAAGAAAAUGCAGGUUCCAAAAAUCUUGAGGAAGAGGAAGGUACUUUCAGCUCCCCGCUUAUUGUUUUGCUGCAGCAGGAGCAAAAGAGGAAAGAGAGCCUUGGUGAAAAGAAGCCAAAGAAAGGGCUGGUUUUUGAGAUCUCGAGUGAUGAUGGCUUUCAGAUUUGCGCGGAAAGCUUUGAAGAUGCCUGGAAAUCGCUGAUUGACAAAGUUCAGGAAGCUCGUUCCAAUGCCCGGCUGAAGCAGCUGUCAUUUGCAGGUGUGAAUGGUCUGAGAAUGCUGGGGAUUAUCCACGAUGCUGUUGUGUUCCUAAUUGAGCAGCUCUACGGAGCAAAGCACUGCCACAACUACAAGUUUAGGUUUCACAAACCAGAGGAGGCCAAUGAACCCCCGCUGAACCCACAUGGCUCUGCUAGGGCUGAAGUCCACCUGAGGAAGUCUGCCUUUGACAUGUUCAAUUUCCUGGCUUCUAAACACCGGCAGCCACCAGAGUACAACCCCAACGAUGAGGAAGAGGAAGAGGUACAGCUGAAGUCAGCACGGAGGGCAACUAGUAUGGACCUGCCAAUGCCCAUGCGGUUCCGGCACUUGAAGAAAACCUCCAAGGAGGCAGUCGGUGUCUACAGGUCUCCCAUCCAUGGACGGGGCCUGUUCUGCAAAAGGAACAUCGAUGCAGGUGAGAUGGUGAUUGAAUAUUCAGGCAAUGUCAUUCGUUCCAUCCUCACUGACAAACGAGAGAAGUACUAUGACAGUAAGGGGAUUGGCUGUUACAUGUUCCGUAUUGACGACUCUGAGGUGGUAGACGCCACCAUGCACGGGAAUGCAGCCCGCUUUAUCAACCACUCAUGUGAGCCCAACUGCUACUCCCGGGUCAUCAACAUUGAUGGCCAGAAACACAUCGUCAUCUUCGCCAUGCGCAAAAUCUACCGUGGGGAGGAGCUCACUUACGACUACAAAUUCCCCAUCGAGGAUGCCAGCAACAAACUGCUCUGUAACUGCGGCGCCAAGAAGUGCAGGAAGUUUUUAAACUAGAACUUUUGUGAGCUGCAAGUGAGCCCUGAAGGGCCUGGGGUGAACCAAAGCUACAAUGCAUCCCUGCCCCGGUCUUUGCAAGGGAAAGGGGGGACAGAGACCAGAAUGAAGAUGGACUGGGCUCGGGGACCUAAGUGGUGGCUGUACUUCUCUGUUGGAGUCCACAUCUUCAUGUCUCACAUGCGCACACUUACCUUUAUGAAAGACACGGGCGAUCGGAGAAGAUCCUCAGUAGGAUUGUGUUGCUUUUCCCAAUGCCCUCUUUCUCCCUCCGGCAUUUGUUUGUUUUGCUGAGAUUAGCGAGUGGGAGAGGGAAGGAAGUAGAUAUGAAUGGAAACGCGCCCAGACCCAGCUGCAGACAGCGGUCUCUGAUCUAGUCUCAGCUCAGCAUGAUUAAUCUGCUGGGAGCAGGAAUGUGGAGUUUUCAGUUUCCUUUGCUUGCUGUGUCAUAAGUUUAGAAAAGAAAAAAAAGCACAGGAUUUGGCUGGGCUUUUCUCCUAGGCAGAGACUGUCCCACCAACCGGCUCCGGUACAGUCUUUUGAGUCUCUGUUGUUCCGUCUGCUAUGCAUCUCCAAAACACUAUUGUUGAGCUGCCUGGGACCUGUCCUUGUGCGGCACGGGUGGCCCAGCGCAUCGCUUUGGCUUGGGCUGUUCUCUGUUGUGGGGGCAGGACAAAUGGCAGCAGCUUGCGAGAGAACCGAAAAGAAUUUCCCUCUGAAAUUCCUGCACUUGCAUAAAAAGAGUCCUGGCUGCGUGUAGGGGAGGGAAGCAGAGGGCUCGUGCUAACUUGUUACCAAGGGGCUUGUCUGCUCAGGGUUUCCAGUGCAGACUGUAAACCUCUGGGGCAAGGCUCUUCUCACUUCAGCAACACCCCUGUCCCCUUCCCCGCAUUCCUGCUUUCAGAAAUGGGCCCUCUCCCUCCUUGAAGGAGCUGAAGGCUCUUCUAGUUGCACUGAAAUGCUAGAGGCCCACCGCGUGCCCCGGGCCAGCCCAGGAGGCAGAAAUCUGUGGGCAAAGGAGGAUAACUGGCUGCUGUUCUGCGUUGGGAGCAGUCCUGGUAGCGCUCCAGGGCAGACCGUGGGAAGAGCAGGUGCAGAGGCUUCAGCAGGAGAAGCUCAGAUCAGAUGACUUAAAUAACAUAGUAGGAUACGAAUUGGGCAAAUGAGCGAUUUCUCUAGACACCUUCCUCUGAUCCGUUUCUAGGAUACAGUUACUUCGUUCUCCCCCGUCAGGCAUAGGAAUAAGCACCCAAACUGAGUAUAAGUGCUCGCUAGAAAUGCAAAGGCAAACACUAACCACUUUCAACAAAUACUUCUGUUAAGGUUCAGCUGUUUAGGAGACGAGUUUGUCGUUGCCGCAAUUUAAAUCCUUUUACUGAAACUGAAAUAGCAAACCCACUUCUAAGAGCAAAACUGAAUGACACUAUUGUCCUGGUCUAAGCAGCAUAACCCUAUCCUGUUUGGGUCUGCUCCACGCCUUCAAAAGAAUUUAAAAUUAAAAAAAAAAAAAAAAUCCCCGGACCUGCUAAAUUAAGUCAUUGGAUUUUACUGUUCUGUUUACAGUUGAGUAUUUAAGAUUUUAUAAAUGUAAAUAUAUUUUGUAUAUUUUUCUAUGAGAAGCACUUCAUAGGGAGAAGCACUUAUGAUGAGGCUAUUUUUAAACAGUGGUAUUAUCCUAAUUUAAGAGAAUCGGGUUUUAAUGAUUUUUUUAUUUUCAUAGGACGAUUAUAGGAAAUAUCUGGGUGGACACAGUCUGAUCCUUCAGAGAGGGGGUUCUUUUUGAUUUUUAUCUGACUCUUAAUCUUGUUCUGCCUUGUUGACUUAAGUAACUGUUUCCUGGAAGCAGUGGCUGGACCGUAAUCGUAUGUAGACUUGUUGAGGUGGGGACAGAGGGAAGAAUUGCCCUACUCGGGAGGAAUUUGACUUUUUGGAAGUUUUUUUUUUUUUUUUGGUACAGUUCUCCCAUCCCCUGAGCAGAAGGCGACAUGAUUCUGCCUGCCAUGUGGCAGUGCCCUGCCCUAGGCGAGGAGGAAGGGGAAGGGAAUAAUCCUCAGUGUCUUCUCACGUUCCAGCCUUUUGGUUCAGGACUCAGAAGGAUGAAUUAACGCCGCAGGAAAUGUGGAUUUCCUAUCCCGCUCCAUCUGCUUGGAUCUUGCAGAAUGGACAUCUCUUGUCGAUUCUGCCGAGAUGCUGGCUGAGCGCGAGCGGUCUCUGCGGCUCCGGCGGGGUUGCUGCUGCUUAGCCUCCGGAGUGCGCCGAGUAGCAGGGAAGGUCCAGUCUCCCGUCACUCACCACGCUGUCCUGAAAGGAGAUGCACUGAGGAGAGGUUUGGAGUGGGUUUUCCCCGUUAGGAAAAUUUCCAGCUCUCCAACCAUGAAACCGCGGUCCUGUGGAAAUGUAGUGAAGCGGUAGCACCCCAGCCCUCGGCCUUGCUUUUGUUCUGGGUUAGCUGCGGUCUGGGACUCGGGCUCAUGCAGGCGCUUGGCCCAGAGCGCCCGUGUCGUGGAAAUGAGUGCUUUCCCUUUGUGAUGUGCCCGUUCCAGCCGGUCCCGUGGGCAGGCGCCUGCCGUUCGCAGGGUUAGCAGAGUCGGAGGCUGUUGUGCCUGCGGAAAGUGGCCAGCACUGAUUGAUAACUCCUUAAGGCUCCCUGCUUAGCACUCCUGACCUGUGCCAUCCAACCCCAAAGACCUCUUCCUCUGACGCGAGAAGGAAUGGCGGCACUCAGAAGGGUCAGGAAUGGCUGGUUUCCUUUGUUUAUUGCACUGUGUGAUUAUUUCGUAAACAUUUUCAAAGGAGAAAUCACAUCAAAGCUGCGUUGGCUAUCGAGACGAAUUGAUGCACUGACAGUUUGGGCACGCACGCACACAGAGGCCCAGAAGCUUGUCUGGGGAAGCCUCGGCCCUGCGUCCGCAGAUGCUGCUCUUGAUGGCAGCGUGCGGGGACGGUCCCGACGCGGGGUACACCCACGGAUUUUCAAUUUCAAAGUAGUUCAGUCCAGUCUUGCUCUCCUUCGCCCUCCACUGUUUCCCUUGGUCUGGCAGAGUGCGAGGCAGUUGCUUUAGCUGACCAAAAUCCCAUUCUUGUCUCCUGCCAAACUUCUGUUUAGCUCCCAGCUGCCUGAUCAGCAAAACAGUCCUCACCAGAAACCCAUGCUGAGAGGGAGCUCGAAUCAGGAAACACUCUGCCCCAAGCCCCUCUGAAUUAGGAAGGGGACAACCAAGUGAAGGAGCAAAUGGGAGCGAUGCGAUGCCACCCGAGUGCCCCUGAGAACCAGACCCCAGGAAUUACCUCUGCUGUGAGGGUGGAUGGAGCAGCCGGAUCCGGUGGAGAUCCGGCUCACUGAAUGCUUUGCUGCUAUACCUGUUGUGGCUGCCGUUCCCCGGGAGCCGCUGUGGCCAGUGAAACUGUCUGUAAACCAGAGAAGCUGAAUUGUGCUGACCUGCAGGCUGGGCUGGCGUCCCCUGGGCUCCCCCUCCACUGUUGUCACCAGUUUGUCUAGCACCGAGGUGUUUGUUCAUGUAGGAUUUGAAACGACAGCAGGAAGGUGGGCAGGAGCCUUGGCAGCUAGCAUUUGUUUCCAGCGAUUCGCGUCAGCUGAGCGCCCCGACCCUGUCCUGCUCAGCUAACAGUGAGCACAGUGCAGCUUCCCAGUAUAUGAAUGUAUAUUUUAUAAGGACUGACAUAGAUCAUGAUAUCUGAAAAUACUAAAAGUCAAAUUUUAAGGCGUUUAUUUUUAUUUGUACAAACCAAGUUUUUUUU